AUGACCCGAUAUCCAAACGGCCACUUCGGAGAACCUGACAAUAGGUCCAAGGUCCUAGUUCCCGUUGUGACAAAAGCAAGUGCCGGCUCUGGCAGUGGGGACUUUCAGAUCGAACCAAGUGGGCAUUCGUCUAGGGCCAAUGCCUAUGGCGUCCGCAAGACGACAGAUCGGAAUGGUGACGGCGAAGCUUUCUGUCGAAGUUCGGCAGCACUGAACGGCAUGGCUGAGUCCUGGAGAUGUUGGCCGCGCAAUGUUCAUAUCAUAUUUGCAGCGCUCAGGAUGUUGUCACAAGCCACCUUUCUGGCCCUGGUAGGCCACUCUCUCGCUGUGCCCUUCGUCUCCAGGCCGACGACAACCUUUGUUGCCCCUGCUACAGCAACCGCGCCGAUUGUCUCUGUCGAAAACGUAACUUCACACGGGCCCUUCAGUGGCACACCAACAACGACAGGCGCACUAUCUACUAAUGCGCUGGCACCAUCCAUUGCACCUUUGGGUCCCGCACCCAAUGCUCUCGAUUACUCGGCGGACGGGCAACUCCACGCCCCUUUCCCAGCGCCGUACACACCAGCCGGUGGACGCGGCACGAACGGCACUGAGCCUGUCUACAAGCCGAUGAGUGACUUUGACUACCAGUCCCUUGCUCUCGCCCUCUAUCAGGAGUACAUCGAGCUUGAUCUUUUCCACUGGGGGUUAGCGACGUUUUCCGAGCAGGAGUUUAACAACAAUGGUCUUACGGCUGAGGACCGCUACCUCUUGCAGUUCAUGGCUGAGCAGGAGGUCGGCCAUGCCACUGCUUUGACCAACAUGCUUGGUGCCCAGGCCCCCGUCCAGUGCACCUACAACUACCCUGUCAGCAAUUUACGCGAAUAUAUUGACUUCAGCCAGAAGCUCACACGAUGGGGUGAGUCUGGUGUGUACGGCUUCCUGAACCACCUAGACUCGGGCGCCGCUGGCCAGAUUCUGUUGCAGAGCAUCACUACCGAGGCGCGCCAGCAGAUGAUCUUCCGCCAGUUUGAAGGCCUCUUCCCCAUGCCCGAGUGGUUUGAAAUUGGUAUCCCUCAGUCAUGGGCCUGGACGUUGCUUGCGCCUUACAUCUCAUCGUGUCCCGCCAACCAGACUCGCCUUGUGUGGCAGAACUUCCCGUCCCUGGAUAUCUUGAACCAGCCGAACCCGGCCCGCAUCAACGGCUCCGCCGUCUUCAACGAGACCACUGGGGGCUAUGCCAACACCCUGAGCACAAGUGCUAUCCAGAACGGCGAGUCGUGUCUCAAUGCUACCGAACCUGGACUGGGUUGCAACCCAUCUAUCACCCAGAACCGAACCAACCCACUGAGCUAUCCUGGACGUAAGGUCUUUCUGCAAUGGGACGAGCCUGGUAAACCGAUCGGACCCAACAAUAGCUAUGUCACAAACACCACCGCCGGCACCCCCAAGUUUGCCCUGUGGGUGAACCAGCUCAACGCAACCUACACGCCACUUUCCGACGUUGCGAACAACACUGCAUACACCUUCCAGCCUAACACCUCAGUGUUUGACAGUGGGCCCAUGAUCAACGGAACUGUUUUCCUGGCUUUGACAGAUCUCGACCUGUACGUCACGCCGUACAACUUGAGCAUCGUCAAUCCCCACGUCAAUGCUUUGGCUAUCUACCAGGCUGGUUAA